GUCGCCGCGCUCCGCGGGCGGGUCCUCGGCUCGCGUUUCCUCCAAUCGGAGCCCCGGGCGGGCCACGCUUCCCUGUUUGGGGCGGGGCUUACUGGCUUCCCUGUACUUCUAUUGGCCGAAUGCGGAAUCGCGACGUUCCGUGGCGGGCCGUUGCCCUAGCAACGCGCGGAGCACGGGGGCUAGGCCCCUUGUGACUGGCCUGCGGUCCAAGCUGGCUAGAGAUGCUGCUGCGCCCUCCGGGAUCCGGGACGAGUGAAUCCUUCGAAGGCCAGUGAGCUCCUCGGCCCGGAUCUAUCCGCUGUUUCGGGUAUGAGUGCCCGCCCCGUUGCACGCACGCAAACGUCCAGUCCACCCGUCUCACCUUGUACCUCACGCCGCCGGACUCCGGCGUCUGUCCCCGCAGCUUCCAAGAGCCAGAUGACGACAGAAGAGCGCACCCACCUGGUGCACCUGCUCAAGCUGAGCAUCAAGGUCCUCCUGCAGUCGGCGCUGAGCCUGGGUCGCAGCCUGGACGCGGAGCAUGCGCCGUUGCAGCAGUUUUUCGUGGUCCUGGAGCAUUGCCUCAAACACGGCCUCAAAGUUAAGAAGAGCUUCAUUGGUCAAAACAAGUCCUUCUUUGGGCCUUUGGAGCUGGUGGAGAAGCUUUGCCCGGAAGCUGCAGACAUAGCCACUAGCGUGAGGAAUCUCCCAGAACUCAAGACGGGGCUGGGGCGGGGCCGAGCCUGGCUGUACCUGGCGCUCAUGCAGAAGAAGCUGGCAGACUAUCUACGCAUACUGGUGGACCACCGACACCUGCUCAGCGAGUUCUACGAGCCGCAGGCUCUGAUGAUGGAGGAAGAGGGAACUGUGAUGGUCGGGCUGCUGGUGGGCCUCAACGUGCUGGACGCUAACCUCUGCUUGAAAGGGGAAGAUCUGGAUUCCCAGGUUGGAGUCAUUGAUUUCUCACUCUACCUGAAGGACCUCCAAGACCUGGAGUCUGGCAAAGAGCAGGAGCGUAUCACAGAUGUCCUGGACCAGAAGAACUAUGUGGAGGAGCUGAACCGACACUUGAGCUGUACCGUGGGUGAUCUCCAGAGCAAGAUCGACGGCCUGGAGAAGACAAACUCAAAGCUCCAAGAGGAGCUCUCUGCUGCCACCGACCGGAUCUGUUCGCUCCAGGAGGAACAGCGGCAUUUAAGGGAACAGAAUGAACUGAUUCGGGAACGCAGCGAGAAGAGUGUGGAGGUCACAAAGCAGGACACGAAAGUGGAGCUGGACACAUACAGGCAGACCCGCCAAGGGCUAGACGAAAUGUACAGUGAUGUGUGGAAGCAACUGGAAGAGGAGAAGAAAGUCCGCAGGGAACUGGAGAAAGAGCUGGAAUUGCAGAUCGGGAUGAAGACAGAAAUGGAGAUUGCCAUGAAGCUGCUGGAGAAGGACACACAUGAGAAGCAGGACACGCUGGUGGCCUUGCGCCAGCAGCUGGAAGACGUCAAGGCCAUAAACUUACAGAUGUUCCACAGAGUGCAGACUGCGGAGAACAGCCUGCAGCAAAAGAAUGAAGCCAUCAAGGCUCUGGAAGACAAAACCAGUCAGGUUGUGUCCAGCAUGAAGCAGAUGGAAGAAAGGUUGCAGCUGGCCGAGCAAGCUCGUAGGGGUGCAGAGGACCGGAGUCAGCGGCUGCAGCAGGAGCUGGGCAGCCGGAGAGGGGCACUGGAGCGGCAGCUGGCCCAGCUGCAGGAGCAGUGCUCCAGCCUGGAGACGGAGCUGAAGGCGGAGAAGGAGCAGAGACAAGGGCUCCAGCGCGAGCUGCAGCACCAACGGGAGGGGGCCGUGCGGCUGCAGGCGGAGCUGCAAGAGCUGCAGGCACUGAGGAAGGAGAUGCAGGAGCUCCAGGACGAGAAGGAGAAGCUGCAGAAGGUCUGCGGGGAGCAGGAACAAGCCCUCCAGGAAAUGGGCCUGCACCUCAGCCAGUCGAAGCUGAAAAUGGAAGACAUCAAAGAGGUGAACAAGGCACUGAAGGGCCAUGCCUGGCUGAAAGAUGACGAAGCCACCCACUGCAAACAAUGUGAUAAGGAGUUCUCCAUCUCCCGGAGGAAGCACCACUGUCGCAACUGCGGCCACAUCUUCUGCAACGCCUGCUCCAGCAACGAGCUGGCCCUGCCGUCCUACCCCAAGCCUGUGCGCGUGUGCGACAGCUGCCAUACGCUGCUGCUGCAGGGCUGCUCGUCCACUGGUUCCUAGGGCCCGUCCACUCUGGGAGUGGAGGGAGGCCACAGGGCUACCGCUGCCAAGUCCCCAGCCAAACACUGGCCUCUUUUGUAGCUGUGCUCCUGCCACAUCCCAGGGAUUCCACCCACCCCUUCCUCU